AUGGCCGAGGACAUCGCCAACCGUCGAAGGCUUCAUAAGAACAGGCCACUACAGUCAGGUGGGGUCCUUAUAGUUGCUCAAGCACGUCGGAUGAUCAAGGUCAGGGAGGAUGACGAGCUUGCAAAGGCCAGGCGGGUAGUUCAAGCCGCUAAACAGAGGGCUCACAACAAGAUCAAACGGGUUCGAGCAGAGGCCACCAGGCUUCUGCAAGAGCUGGUCGACCUCCGGAAGGGAGAGAAGAGCGAAAGACCGCUUAUUUUCGUCGCUCAUGACAUCGGGGGAAUCAUCGUCAAGGAGGCUCUUCGCCUCGCAAAAUACAAUCCGACCCGUUUCCCAGGCAUCGACAGCUCGGCCAUAAGCUUGAUAUUCUUUGGUUGUUCUCACCGGUUUGCGGAGCAGCAAAUCAUGGAAGAGAGCAUGCUGAGAUUGAUCCUACAUGCAAGCAAACGACAGAUGCCGUCUUCCACGAUCAUACGACGAGCAAAAGACCUCUCAGAAGCUGUCACGGAAGUCAACAACGGGUUCCUACAUGCCAGAAUCCUGAUACAAAGGACGGUGGUCAACAUCUUCUCGGAGGUGCGAUUUGGGAUCCCGUUCCCCCACUCAGCGCUUCCAUACGCUCCCCGGCUCAACCACAUAUACCGGAACAAGCUUCAACGAGCCCUCAUAUAUGAAAAUUGGGUCAAUCAGCCCAAGUCGUCACUGCUCCAUCUCUACGGCCAUCGCAAUAUCACAGAGGCUGCGCAGUACGCCUUCUGCAAGCUAGACGCAACUCGCAGGAGUCCAUGGGUCAUGGGCGAACACGUCCUGCACUUCAAAUUCGACAGUCACGAUGUCCGUCGAAAAUCUGUAGGAGAUAUGGCGAGGGUCUUCAUGAAUGCCAUUCUCAUAUAUCGCAACCACAUGAACGGGACCAUGGGAAACGACCUGAAACCGCCUCCUUUCUCGGAUUACUGGCACGAUGAGGAUGCAUGGGCGCCCUUUAACAUGGUGCGGAAGGCUGCGGGGUCGUCAUGGCAGGGAAUCUAUAUUAUCGAUGGAUUGGACGAAUGCGACGAGUCGCGGAGUCUCAUCCUGGCCGAGUUUCUCCGUGCGGUGAGAUGCUCUGAACAGCGGUUCAAGGUCCUGGUCACCAGCACAUCCGGCAGAAACCAGGACAUCAAGGACGCCCUGAGUGACCAGUUCACCAUCGACGCUGAUCAAGCAUACGAUGCAUCGGCAGGAAGGUUUGGUCCAGAGUUCGACUCGGAGCAUCUGCACCUGGUCGAAUCCCUGCUUCAAUCUCGCCCCAAGUUCCCAGUGGAACAAUCGCGGACUAAGAUUGAUGAUCUUCUAUCUAGUUGCCAGCCCGACAUCCUACUACGUCGCCAGGUUGCUGAGUGGCUGCGGAUGACCUCUCAUAUUUCUUCCCAGGCAUGUCUUGCCCGAGAAGUUGAACGUCUUUCACCCCCCAGCCCUGAAAGACUCUACAGGAGGAUUGUCGAGGAAAUCCCUCCUCGGAGGCUGUCCUUUGCGCUACUGGUAUUGACUUGGGCUCUGCAUUCAUUCCGGCCACUGCGACCGCAAGAGUUGGGGAUUGCCUUGUCUCUGUCCGAGGAGACGGAAGGAGAAUCGUGGAUACCAGCCACAGUCGCCGAGCUAGAGAACUCGGAGCUUGCCACGCAGAUUGCCGAUUGUUUCGGUCCGAUGGUCGGGUUUGUGAACAGCGAACUUCAAUUCAAUGGGUCUUGCGCGCGCCGCUUUCUUUCCGACUACUUUUACUCCUCCGCGAAGAUGUCGGGUGCAGACUGCCACCGACAUUUAGCCGAGGCCUGCUGCCGGUACUUCACGAUUCCCGAGGUUCGGCAUCGUCUGGAGGGUUUUUCUCAGAAGGAGCCUCAGGGCGAGCCUGAAGGGCUCUUCCUGGAUAUGGAAGACUUCUUUCCCUACGCCAUGCGCUUCCUGCCGGGCCAUCACGACCUUGCCUUCGCGCUCGCCGAGCAGCCUGGAGAAGAGCAGCGGAUACCUGCACCCUUCUCACCAGCAGUCCCUUCGUACAUCAUGGCAUUCUACCGAAAGAACCCGGAGUUCGGUUACUAUUCAUUCGGCAAACAUGUGCAAGAGGAUGGCCGAUAUUUCAUUGUGCGCAAGGAUUUGGAGCCCGAGUUCGGUAGCAACGAGUCCGCGCUCAAAGCUGCCCUGAUCGCUGCCGCAGGAUCCGGCAAGGCCGCCAUUGUGACUGACAUUGUGACGCACAUGGCGAACAAUGGCGUACCAGGGUCUGACUGGCCCCGUGGGCCGCUCUGUCGCCUUUCGUGGCUCGGCAUGCACGAUUUGGUCCAACUGCUGCUGGACGCAGGCGCAUCGGCGGACGUCACGUUUGGAAGAGAGGGACUCUAUGAGGGCUGGAGGCCUUUAGACUUCGCGGUGGCGCGGAACCACGUACAGCUUGUCGAGCUGCUCCUACAGCAUACCGACCUGCAGUCCGAAGACGUCCUCCGGAAGAGCCAUCUUGUGAAGACGGCCUCGAAAGCUGGCUAUCACGAGGUUCUGGCAAUUCUUAUCCAGCACGGAGCGGAUGUGAGUCAUGUGCCUCAGGACGGUACGACAAUCAGUCCGCUUCGGCCAGCCGCCUCGCGGAGACAUUUUAUGGUGGUCAGGGAGCUCAUCGUCGCCGGGGCCGGUAAAGAUCUUGCCGAAAGCAACGCUGGGCAAGGCCUUAGUCUCGCGGCACUGGCGGGUCAUAUGAGAUGUGUCGAGGCGCUAUUGGACCUCGGCGUGCCGGUCGAAACCAAACAUGACAACUAUGGAACCGCUCUCUCCUGUGCCGCAUGCUAUGGACACGCCGACACAUGCCGCCUCCUCCUGGACCGCGGGGCGAGCACCGAGAACACCGAAGGGUGCUGUUCCAUCAUCGCACAUGCCGCCAACUCGGGCAGCCUGGAGGUCGUCAAGCUGUUGCUGGAAGAGGCCGGCACAAACAUUGAUACGGCUGUCAACAACCAGACUGCACUCAUCACAGCCACGCAAGAUGAGUUUGCCACGUCCCGGGACAUUGCCCGCUAUCUCAUUGAGAAAGGAGCGGACGUGAACACAGCCAGCGAAGGGUCUAACACCGCCCUGUCUCUGGCAGCAGAGAACGGAUCUACUGAACUUGUCCGCCUGCUCAUCGCGGCUGGGGCCAAGGUCAACGUCAUUGUCGACGAAAGGAAGUGGUCCCCACUGCAUGGUGGAUUGCCCUUUGCCGACGUAACGCGGGCUCUGUUAGAGAACGGCGCUGACAUAGAGGCCGUUUCCAACGAUGGUACGCCACUGUACUGGGCGGCUUUCUGUAAUCACAUCGACACCGUGAGGGAGCUCCUCAAGAUCAAGGCCAACCUUGAAUAUGUGUACAAGGCACCUGGAGAGGGGUUUGUCGAUGACGGCUAUACUGCCCUCCGAGCUGCCGUCGCGAACCACCAACCCGUGGUGACAAGACUCCUCCUCGAAGCCGGCGCAGACGUCAACGCCAAGUUAGCCUCAGACGGAAGCGGCCCGCUCCAUGCCGCAGUGGCAAUAGGCGAUGAGGAACUUGUCGAGCUCUUGCUACAGUACAACGUGGACAUGGAGAUGAAGGACGACCUGGGAUACACGCCCUUGCACAAACUUACCUCUAACACGCCGGUGUCGCUGGUGGCACGGCUUGUCAAACGUGGAGGAGACCUUGAGGCGCGCUCCAAUAGCAAGUUCAACCCGCUCUGCAGAGCCGUUUAUGAAGGGAACUUCGCUGUGGCGGAGUACUUCAUCAAGAAGGGAGUGAAUCUAGGAGUUCCCGUACCCAACUACGGCAGCCCACUACACAUCGCAUGUCGGUUCUCGACCUUGGAGAUAGUCAACCUAUUGCUCCGGAACGGCGCCGAUGUCGACUUCAUCGACCCCGAGCAGCCUGGAACCCCGCUAAUGACGACAUGUUUGUAUCUCGGCGCAAAGCCUAACAACAAGAACUUGAAGGACAUCUUGGACUACUUUCUAGGCGAAGGCAACGCCGACAUCAACAUCACCGGUGGCAUUUACGGCACUGCGCUUCACGUCGCUUGUCUCUGGGGCGACCCGGGCAUGAUCCGUCUUCUUCUUGACAAGGGGGCAGAUACUAUCACCACUGCCGACGAGAUUGGUAGACACCCCCUCCAUCUUGCUGCGCUACGUACAACAGAGCACAUCGAUGUGUUGUUGGAGCGAGGUGGAGACGUUCUCGCCAGGGACAAGAUGGGGAGGACAGUUCUUCAUGCUGCCGUUAGUAGCGGCCGGGUGGAAGUCGUGGAAAAGCUGCUGCCACUCAUCAGCGACGGAGUGAAUGCCAAGGACAAUGACGGUUGGACACCGCUCGUCUGGGCGGCAAAGCCUAAUGGCGGCGCCUAUGGCACCCAACGAGAUGGACAGCUCGCCGUCAUUGAGACUCUCUUAAAAGCCGGUGCCGAUCCAUCCUUGACUGGGGAGGGUAUCCGGCGUACCUGGACACAACUGGAGGUGGCCGUUUACCAUGACGCGGGCGAUGACGUCGUGGCGCUGCUCUCUCCGGAGCCUAAGGAAGACCCGAGAAGGCAGAGAUUCCAUAUGAAGAAAGGGAUAAAGCCGAAUUCUAAUCCCUGGUGCGACGCAUGCAUGCUGCCUCUCUGGGGAGAAUACUACCACUGUCAGAACUGCGAAGACUUUGACCUCUGCUUCAAAUGUUAUCGUUCCAAGAACACGAUACAUGUCGACCACACUUUUGUAGAGAGAGGCGACGAGGUUAUUGUCGGGCACGAUGAGGAAGAGCCAGGCGAUGCACAGAACUCGGAGCCGGCGGAAGGAGAGGGUGAAGCUGGAGAGGAUAAUGCCGAGCACGGGAAUGAGGAUAGUGAUAGUGACGAUUCAUGGUGA